UAGUUGAGACAAUAACACCGCUUUUUAAGUAUAUAACAACAUUUUCUUUGAUGAUCCAUAAUAAAAUAUAUAAAAGAAAAAUAAUUUUGGUGUUGUUUGCUUAGUACUCUAAAAAUUGAAUGAGGAUUAAAUCUUAAAUAAAUUAUAUGGAUCGAAUAUGUAUAAAUAAUGUUUAGUAUUUUUUUUAUUUGAAUAUUUAAAUUCCUAUAUACACGUAUACUCUAUAUAUAAGUCAACGAAACUCUACAAUACUUUAUUAGUCUCAAUUACUAUCCUUUUCUUUGAAUUUUCAUGUCUUGUAUUAUCCCUUUAGUCUUGUUUAAUUAUCUGAUUCAUUUUGCAAAGUUAAACACAUACACUAAGAUCCUCUGCUAUUUUCUAAAAUGGCUUCUCUGCUUGUUAUGCUUCUCCCUCACUUAAUGAUCCUCUUGAUAAUGAUUCAGAUUCCUCCAUACUUAAGCUCCAAUGAUGAUAACUAUACAAGUUGUGCUGAUACUCGCUAUGAUUGUGGGAAGAUUAACAACAUUGGUUUUCCAUUCUGGGGAGGAAAUCGUCCAAAGCAGUGUGGCCACCCUCUUCUACAACUCAACUGUGAUCCUGAUCAUGACUCCACUACUUACAUAACCAUCAAGAACAUGAGAUACCGGGUUUUGCAAGCAUACCCGGAAAACCAAACCAUGAAGAUAGCAAGAGUUGACUACUUUGAAGGUCUAUGCCCUUCAAAAGCAGUAAACACAAGCCUUGACUUUGAGCUCUUUGAUUAUGGGCCUGGCAAUAAGAAUCUUACCCUCUUCUAUCAUUGUUCUUUAAAUAAUGGUUUGCCCAAUUCCAUCCCCGGAUUUCUUAAUUGUUUCUCAAAUAGGACUUCAAAUGAAUACUUUUAUGCUAGGCCUGAAGCUCUAGGUGCUCCUCCUUCUAGUGUUGUUUGCACAACAAGUGUGUUUAUUCCAUUGUUGUUGCAAUUUGAUGUUAAAGUGGAGUUGACAUGGAACAACAUAGAAGGUGCUAUCCAAAAUGGAUUCUUGGUGAAAUGGAUAGGAAGUGUAGCAGAAUGUUUCAAGUGUAUGAACACAGGUGGAGCCUGUGGCUAUGAUUUGAAUUCAAAUCAACCAACAUGUUAUUGCAAAGAUCAGUCUGGCUAUUCAUAUUUGGAUGAUGGGCACAUCAAAAUCUGUGAUGCUUCUGCCACCUCACCAACUCAAGAUGAUCUUGGACGUUCAGGUAUAUGUCAUAUUUCUAACAUGCAAUUUGUUUUAUAACUAUAUACAAGAAAUAAUAUCAUUUCUUAUAGUAGUAGUAACUUAUUAUAGUCCUUAUUAGUUCCUCUAUAUAACCAAUUGUUUCUUUAGUUGAGUUUGAUUGUAAUCCCAUACAUAGUUUUCUGUUCUUACUUCUUACUCAUAUGGCUAAGUCAAAUAUAGCUUAAAUAUUUUAAACUAAAGUCAUUAUCUUACCCUUGCCUCCAAAUAGAUAUCAUUUAUAGUGUAGAGCCACCUAUUGCUAUUAGAAUAUUAUUUAAUGAGUAUCUUAAGAAUAUUUAUUAAGAAUAUUA